CAGAUUCUUCAGCUUCAAAUGCGCCCUAGUUUUAAUGCUCAGUCUCGCCGCUUUCUUUUCUGCCCUUUUCGGGGUUCUUCCUUUUCGAUACAAGCAUCCAGGGUUUGAUGCUAAGACCUCAAUCAAGCUCAGUGGCUGUGGAAUAAUGACAAUAAAAUCUAUUGCUGAAAUCUUUGAAUAUGACCAGGGAGUACCUAACUUGAUGAUUUUAAUGCCCUGAUUGGCACACUGUUGCCAGUACUGCAGCCUUCUUAAGAAUUUUAUUUAUUCUAAUGAUUGAAGUCUACUCUCUUGUAUAUACUCUCUCCGACCCUUAAAAAUAGAUCACAUUUGCCAUCUUGGGAUGUCCCUUAAAAAUAGACUAAUUCUAUUUAAGGAAACUUUUUUCUCUCUAAUGAGGAGGAUCCCAUUCUCCAUUUACAAUACUCCAAUCACUUUUCUUUCUAUCUCUCUUUGACUUUACCAAUUGUUCGUUAAAACCCGUGCCAUUUCAAAGGUUGUCUAUUUUUAAGGGACGGAGACGGAGGGAGUAUAAUUUAUUCAAAUGUCCAUGCACUUUGUGAAUUAAGCUAACAAUACUUUAUUUGAGUUGGAAAUGUAGAAUUGGACCAUUUAGGUUUUCUAUUAGUUGUUAUAUUUGUGUAGCCUAGGCUCUAGACCAGGUUAGUAAUAAUGUGAUUGCAGCAUCAUCUUUUACACCAUCUAUUAAGCUGUGAAGACUGCAAUAACUUUUAGAAAAGGUAGUUACUAUAAAAGUUAGUUGGAUUAGUUAGUUUUGACUGUUAUUAUAAUGUUGUGUCACAUUAUUUGUGUUUUUCUUUCCUUGAAUCUUACAUGAAUUUAUUAUCAUAUUUCUAGAGGGCAAGAGUUUACAUGGAAGAAAAUGGUUGUUUAUUAUUGAUGGCUUUGUUUAAAAUCUCCAUUCCUUGUCUGACUAAUGGUUAUGGCUCUUAUUUUCAGCAACUGUUCAAUCAUAUUUCCAGCUUCAAAAGCCAAUUUCUGAACUUAUACCAUAUAUUUCAAGACUAGAAUAUGAUAUCAAUGAGGAAAUAGGUGUCCUUUCCUUUAAGGUUGCUGUUCUGUCCAUGCAUCCGGCAGAUCCCUCUAACUGGAAUAGCUUAUCUAACUGGACUGAUGUGGUGUUUGGCUUCAUUCCUGAUCCGAUUAAUAGUACAACAAAUCCUGUGGCAUUGAGUGUGUUGAAAUUGUCAUUGAUUGAUCUGUUUCUUCAACAGUACAAUUUGACGUUAACGUCCACAAUUUUUGGAGAACCUUCUUCAUUUGAGAUUCUAAAAUAUCCUGGCGGGGUUACUAUAAUUCCAGAGAGAACUCCUUUGCUGUCUUUGCCUCUAGUCAAUUUCACCCUCAAUAGCUCAAUUUAUGAUAUCAAAGAAAAUCUUCCAGUGUUGAAAGAACAACUAAAACUGGGAUUACACCUGACGCCGUAUGAGAUGGUGUACGUACAAGUAACAAACAAGCAUGGCUCAACAAAAGAUCCGCCGGUGAUGGUUGAAGCUUUAGUUGCAUCUGACAUUCCUAUACAGCCAGAGAGAUUAAGACAGCUAGCUCAAAUAAUUACUGGAUCACCCUCUAUGGAAAACCUUGGGCUUGAUCAUUCUGUUUUUGGAAAAGUUAAGGAAAUUAGUUUGUCCUCAUUUCUGAAUCACUCUCUUUACGCACCCGCACCUACACCCACACCCGCACCCGCACCCACACCCACACCCACACCCGCACCCACACCUUCUCAAUCUCCAUCUCCAUCUCCAUCAAUAGAUUAUCACAGUGGACCAUCUAUGGCGCCGUCUUACUCUCCUGGCCUUUCACCCAACUCACACCAUGCCCCAGCACCAUGUCCUACAUGUUAUGCCAAUGAACCUUUACCCAGGCCACAUAAUGCUCCUCAGCAUUCUUUAUCUCCAAAUUCUGGUUCUCCUUCUCCCACACCCAUAGCAGCUCAAGGCUGUCAACAUUGUGGUUCUGAUGAUUCACCAAGUCCUUCUCCAACUUCUCGAAACUUGUCUCCCCAUUCCCCCAGAAAAUCACCCGGAGCAGUGUCAACACCCCAGACUGCACCAACCAGUCCAUCCUAUAUUCAUUCAUCUUACAGUCUGAGUAUCCAAUGCUUAAAUGGACUGCUGACAUUCUUCCUCCUGCUCUGGAUAUCCUAGAUGAGGCCCCCAUGUCAACGAACAGUUUUGGUGGUUGAGAGAGCAACAAAAAAGUGAGUUGGAGUUGAUACUUAACCUUACAGGAUGGCCGUAUACGACCUAACCAUCAAAGGAAACUGGUAGGUCGCCUAGUUGCAGGUUUCCGAAAGAACAAACUGUAAAAUGCACAGGUUCUUUCUGGGAUGUGCAAUUAUGGGAAGUGCGGAAUGUAAUGUUAACAAAAAAAAGGACUAUAGCUAUUUACAUAGUUUUAGUAAAGAAAUGAGAAUUAUCUUCUAACA